GGCUUAUGGGUUGUUGACAACAAUCAUGCAUGAAGGAGAUGGAUACCAAUUUUGACUUGGCUUCUCGGCCAACACAUGAAAAGGGAUCUGGAUAUCCUGAUGAACUUGAGGACUUACCCAAGGGUUCAACUUUAAAAUCUCCAAAGUUGUCUAAACCUUCUGAAAGCUCAACAGAUGUUUCUUUCGAAGAUUAUGAAAUUGAUCUUGAAAAUGACAGUUCAGAGAGAGAAGAAUACCCCCAAGAAGUUAUGAAGGUACUAAAGAAGGCUGAUGAGCAGGCACUUGAAAACCUCAUGAAACUUGGCAAAUUCAGAAUAACUUCAAAUUUGUGAAGCAGUAAUGGAGAGAAGUAUAAAUCCUACUUUGGACAGCUCGAUUCGAAUGAGAAACGCAAUGGCAGAGGAAUCCAAGUUCUCAAAGAUGGCAGUAUUUAUGAAGGAGAGUUUAAAAAUGGCAAACACAAUGGAAUUGGAAGAUAUAUCUCAGCUACAAACGUCUAUUGUGGGCACUUCUAUCAUGGAAGAGCCACUGGAAAAGGAGUUCUACAAGAUCUUAAAGAGGAUGCCAAAUAUAAGGGAUACUUUAAAGAGAUGAAACCUGAUGGAAAAUGCACUAAGAUUCAUUCAAAUGGAUCUAAAUUCAUCGGUGAAUUUUCAAACGGAGUUAUCUCUGGCUUCGGUAAAUAUGAGUGGAAUGACGGAAGUUCCUACAGCGGACAAUUUAAAUUUGGUCUGAAAGAAGGUAAAGGAAAGGAUAUCGACAGCAAAGGCAAUAUUUAUGAUGGCCAGUUUAAGGAAAAUAAAUAUCAUGGCAAAGGCUUUUUAAGACUUAAGAAUGGAUGUACUUACAAAGGAAACUUUGUCAAUGGCAAGAAGAGUGGUAAAGGAGUAUGACAAUGGCCAGAUGGCAGGUUCUACGAUGGGAAAUGGGAGGAUGAUAAAAUGGAUGGAAUAGGUGUCUUUAAAGAUAAAAUGGGUAAAGAGAAGAAAGCAAAAUUUUCACAAGGAAAGAUGAUAGCUUUGCUUGAAUAAAUUAAAUUUCUUCAUAAUUUUCAAUUU